UUCUAAAAUAAUUUUGUUGUACACUGAAAUUAUAUAGGAAUGUGGAAAAAGUAUUUCAUGUAUUGGAAAAAAUAUAACAAAUAUUUUAUUGAGGACUUGAAAAAUUACAAAUAACUCCAAUUUGGAAUAAUCUUUUUUUGCUGAUAUUGAUGCAUAAAACCACGUGGUGUCACUGCAGUCUGUUGAAUCUCGAAUUUUCCCUUUCGUCCAAAAGCUCCUCCUGGUUUCAAUGGGGCGGAGAUUUCACAGGGCUUUGUUUCAGAAAGACUGGACGCGAGAGAGUGCGGACGCCUUACUUUGUGUCUUUAAAAUGGAAUAUUUCCUUAGAUUUAUCUUCCCGCAUUGAUAUUACAUGGAAUACUAUAUUUUUACUGUAGGGUUGUUGCUCGGGCUUCAUUUCUUGUGAUAAUGCUUCCGGCGUGUAGAAGGAAAUCUGCUGUGACCUGUAUUCUGUUUGUUCUCCUGGCGUACUGUUUUGGUGCGGUAUCAGGACAGCUCUCCUAUUCGGUACCAGAAGAGGUAAAUCCGGGAACAACAGUGGGAAAUAUUGCUAAGGAUUUAAAUCUAAAUGUUCAGGAACUGGAGUCGCGCAUGUUUCAGAUUGUCACUGGGUCAAAGAAAAAAUAUUUCGAGGUAAAUCUAAAAACUGGAUUUUUGUAUGUACGUGAAAGAAUAGACAGAGAGGAGCUUUGUGCCAAAUCACCUAAAUGUACAAUAAAUGUAGAGGCAGUUAUUAACAAUCCAUUGAAGCUUUAUCAAAUAGAGAUUAGUGUUUUAGACGUUAAUGAUAAUUCUCCGUCUUUCAGUGAGAAAUCACAAACACUAGAAAUUGCGGAGACCACCACAUUGCCAGGGGUUAGAUUUCCUUUGCAUCAUGCUACAGACGCAGAUGUUGGGAAGAAUUCAAUAAAUACAUAUAAGCUUAUCUCAAAUGAAUAUUUUUCUUUAGCCGUGCAUAAAGGUGGAGAGCAGGGUGUCUCUGCUGAAUUAGUGCUGCAGAAAGCUUUAGACCGCGAAAAACAGUCUGUGAUGCAGCUUACACUGACCGCUGUAGACGGAGGAACACCAUCGAAAACAGGCACGUCUCUUAUAAUCAUUAAAGUUUUAGAUAUUAAUGAUAAUAUUCCAGUUUUCAGUAAGCCAUUGUACAAAACAACAGUUUUUGAAAAUGUGGUUGCUGGAACGACAAUUGUUGUGUUAAAUGCGACAGAUAUUGAUGAAGGUCUUAAUAGUGAUAUAGUUUAUUCUUUGAUCAAAAGAGAUCAGAGUAAAAUCUUGCAGCUUUUUGAAAUUGAUCCGAAUUCAGGCGCAAUCAUAGUGAAAGGCAACAUAGAUUUUGAAGAGAACAACGCGUUUGAGAUUCGCGCACAGGCCAGUGACAAAGGGCAUCCUCCGAUGUCCGCGCAGUGUAAGGUGCUUGUGGAGGUGUUGGAUAUUAAUGACAAUAAACCCGAGAUUACUGUGACGUCACUUCUCAGUCCAGUGAAAGAGGACGCGAGCAUUGGCACCGCUAUCGCUCUCGUGUCAGUUAUUGACGGCGAUGGAGGCAAAAACGGCAUGGUAAACUGCGCUGUGUCUAACAAAGUGCCCUUUAAACUUGAGUCGAAUUACAAAAAUUAUUAUUCUCUUGUGGUGGAUGGGCAUCUGGACAGAGAGAGCGCGCAUGAGUAUAACGUGACAAUCACAGCUACUGAUGAGGGGACUCCGCCUCUCUCUAGUACCAGUGUCGUUACUGUACACGUUUCUGAUGUGAAUGACAACGCGCCGCGCUUUCCAGAGCCUGUCAUUAAUGUUUAUGUGAUAGAGAACAGUCAGAUCGGAGCUGUUAUUCAUACAGUAUCUGCUUUUGAUCCUGAUUUAGGUGAUAAUGCCCGGAUCACAUAUGCAAUAGAAAGCUCUAAAAGCAGCCCAAUAACAUCCAUGAUCAACAUAAACUCUGACAGUGGAGAUAUACACAGUUUACAGUCUUUUAACUAUGAGGAAAUUAAAACGUUUCAGUUUAAAGUUCAGGCCACAGACUCUGGUGUUCCUCCGCUCAGCAGUAACGUGACUGUAAAUGUUUUUAUUCUGGAUGAGAACGACAAUAGUCCCGCGAUUCUCGCGCCCUAUUCCGAGCACGGUUCCGUUAACACCGAGAACAUUCCCUAUUCUGCUGAGGCGGGCUACUUUGUGGCCAAGAUCAGAGCUGUAGAUGCGGAUUCUGGUUACAAUGCGCUGCUGUCUUAUCACAUCUCUGAGCCCAAAGGAAACAAUCUGUUUCGAAUCGGAACCAGCAGCGGAGAGAUCAGGACUAAGAGGAGAAUGAGUGACAAUGAUUUGAAAACUCACCCGUUGGUCAUUUUGGUUUCUGAUAACGGAGAGCCCUCACUGUCAGCGACUGUGUCUAUUGAUGUCGUGGUUGUUGAGAACACAGGUGACGUCAAGACUCAGUUCAGACAUGUACCUAUCAAGGAGGAGAGUUUCUCGGAUUUAAAUCUGUAUUUGCUGAUCGCCAUUGUGUGUGUAUCCGUCAUCUUUUUACUGAGCCUCAUCAGUUUUAUAGCUGUGAAAUGCCACAGGACAGAGGGCAGUUUGGGCAGGUACAGCGCUCCAAUGAUCACCACCCACCCUGACGGGAGCUGGUCUUACUCCAAAUCCACUCAGCAGUAUGACGUGUGCUUUAGCUCGGACACACUGAAGAGUGACGUAGUGGUUUUUCCUGCGCCAUUUCCGCCUGCAGAUGCAGAACUAAUCAGUAUUAAUGGAGGAGACACUUUCAACAGAACACAAACACUUCCUAGUAAAGAGAAGGUAAGGUGUGAGUGAAUUAUAUUUAACACAUUUGCUUUGUGUUUCCAUGGGAUAGUUUGUAUUUUUUAUCGUUUCUUUGACUUAUGUUCCAACUGACUUUUAAUUCACUUUUAUAUUUUAGUGUACAACACAUUUUUUUAGAACAAAGUAUUGAAAUUGCCUUUAUGUAGCUGUCGUCUACAGAUCAAUGGACGUUAUGUUUAAAUGGACUUGUGCGCAGGGUUGGAGCUGUCCGCGGUGCUGAACACUAAAUGUUUGUUUAAAUUGUUAAUCUGCUUCUGUUUCACCUGGUUUUAAUUACAAAUUAAUGUGUGUCUUAAGUUCUUCGUUGUUUUAUAACUGAUUU